ACCGCGCACGUCGGGUUCGAAUAAUUUAACCGGGAGCGAGCACGUGCGCGCACUCGUAUUCUUUGUGUGGCAGCGUAGAGAAGCGCCAAAAAGAGUGACUGACCAUGGCUGAUGAAAAACCAAAGGAAGGAGUCAAGACGGAAAACAACGAACACAUAAACCUGAAGGUGGCGGGUCAGGAUGGAUCUGUAGUGCAGUUCAAGAUCAAAAGACACACGCCGCUCAUCAAACUCAUGAAAGCCUACUGCGAGAGACAGGGACUUGCAAUGAGGCAAAUCAGGUUCAGAUUUGAUGGACAGCCAAUAAAUGAGACAGACACACCAGCACAGUUGGAAAUGGAAGAUGAAGAUACAAUUGACGUGUUUCAACAACAGACGGGAGGCCUGAUUUAACCAGCCACACUCAUUACCAUUCUCCUCUUUUAACACAACCAACCUUCCCAGCCUGUGAUACACAGCGGCUGCUUCUUCGCAACUUGUCCUAAUUGUCUCAACAGAAAUUCAUGCAGAAGAAGUUAUUUCUCUGCUACACAUGACUGCUGUAUAGUAUUUUCAUUCUUGCCCUUGUUACUUCUGUUUUUUUGUACAUAAAACCACAACCAGAUCACCCUGAAUUUGGGAUUUGUUUGUUCACGCUAUAUUGUGGUGACUGUUAAGGACUUCCCAAUUUGAAGGGCUUCUUCUAAGGUUGCAGACAGACAGGACUGGCGUUAGGGUGAGAAUUACUACAACUGACUUUACAGAUCAAAUGUCGUUGGGCUAGGCUUGGUCGGUGUCCAGCAAAUCUGUUCUUAUAGUGUACUAUUUUGGGACUGGCUGCCACUGAGUGAACUGUAUACCCUGAUUGGGAAUGGGGCUGGAUUGUUGCUUGUUUUCUGUCAUCAUCAGAAAAAAAUAUUUGAUUUUAUACAUUUUUAUAUAGUAGUGAAUGUGUAGAGAAAUGUUUUGAUUAUCGUUUGACUAGGCCAAGCUUCAAAUUUUGGGAAAACUAAGAGAUGUUUCAGUUACAUAAACAACUGUAUUGUCUAUUAAGAUGCCUGAUAAAAUAAAGCUAUUGUCUUUUUCCAAACUUCCA